AUGAGCUCUUUGGUCAAAUAAACCUGAUUCCUGUGGUUAAAUACUUACAGAAGGUUAGUUUGACCCGAGUGAGCCUCCAUACCUGACACAUGAAACAUGCCUCCUGAAACAAAGGGCGGAUCCACGCCGCGCAGGGUGGCGCUCAGGCCUCCGCUGACUCGUCGAUCACUCCGUCAGCGCGCUCUCUGAUUGGCUGUGUGCAGCUGUUCACGUGAACCUGGCGUGGGUUUCGCUGCAGGGAGACAAAAGUGUGCAACGAGUUUAAAAUGUGAGGAGACAGGAGCUCGAGACCAGAGCGGCCACACCGACACCAUCAACACCGGAGCGAUGGUUCCCACACACCGGAGAGCUGCCGCGUGACGUCAACGGAGAAUAACCGUCCAGGUGACUCCAGGUGUCUCCAGGUCCAGUGCACUGUUCCUGUUUCCUCCCGAGCCCAUCAUGCCUAUCGACAUGGCAUUACCUCUGUACCUGUCCAAAGAGGAGUUUGUCUACAGGACAUCUCCUAAAACAUGCAAACCUGCCCUGAACUCCUGCCUGAGGUUCCAGCCCUCGCCCUGCGUGGAGCAGAUGGAGCCCACGGAUGGAAGGUCCUCCAGAAAAGACUCGAGAAAAGCCAAGAAGCAGGUGACGUUUGCCGACCACAAGGGGCUGUCUCUAACCAGAGUGAAGCUCUUCUCCCAGUUCACCGAUCCCAUCGAUAUUCCCGUGAACAUCCAGGAGAUGCUCAGCUCUGCUCUGUCUCUGACGGCUGAGGAGGACAAACUGGUGCUGGACUUCACUCAGCCCUCCUCAGACUACCUGCACUUCCGUCAGAGCCUGGAGAAGAACUUUGUCUGUCUGGAGUACUGCAUGUUGAAGGAGAAGUCCUUGGCGGGAACCGUUAAAGUCAAAAACGUGUCCUUUGAGAAGUCUGUGAAGCUGCGGGUGACGUUCGACAGCUGGAGGAGCCACACGGACGUAGACUGUGAGUACAUGAAGGACACGUAUCCCAGCUCGUACAGCGACACCUUCUCCUUCACCGUGUCUCUGCCGGAUCAGCUGAUGCCUCAUGAGCGGGUCGAGUUCGCCGUCUGUUACAAGGUUGAUGGACGUGAGUACUGGGACAGCAAUGAUGGGAGCAACUACAGGAUCAUCUGGUCCUCCAUGAAGAGGAGCCAGCAGAGCGCCUGCAGCCGCCACUCUGACUUUGGGAUUCAUUUUGACCGAUACGGCAGCCCCACCUGCUCACACGGGAUCUUCCCUGAUUGGUCGAGUUACGCAGGAUAUGAGAAUAGCGGCCCGUACUACUGAACAGGAAGUUUGUGGUGUUUACAUCCCACGUUGAGCUUCUGUUGAUGUUGCACAUCACACACCUGCUGACUCGCCAAAAUGUGGACGAACUUCUGAAUUAUUUUUGUCUUUGUGUCAGGGGUUACCUGGGGUUACCUCAACGCGAAAAUAUUAUGUAACCUUCCUGUUUCUGUUAUGUCAUUGCUGCUUGACCUGCUAAUGGUUCUUUUCAUUUUCAGUUCAUCAUUUUAUUAAUUUCUUCAUUUAUUCCAAGUCUUCAGAGAUCCUGUUUUGUGCAAGCAGAGGUCCAAAACUCACAUAUUCAAUUUAUUGUGAUAUAAAACAGAGAAAAACUGAAUAUGUUUGGCAUUUUUGACUUUACAAAAAGAAAGAAAAAGAAACCAUAAAUAAAUGAUUAAAUAGUUGCAAAUUAA